UGCGGGGCUCCAGCUGGGCCUCGAUGGAGCUUCUCUCGCCACCGUGGCAGCCUUCACUGUUACUGCUGCUGCUGCUGCUGCUGCUACUGCUGCCGCCGCCGCUGGCCGGAGAGUCCUGGCAGUGCCCGCGCACCCCCUACGCCGCCUUGCGCAAUUUUGACGUGAAGUACAAGGUGCCCAGCUUCUCGGCCAGAAGUCCGGUACAGGCCAUAGCGACCUACGAGGGCGGCAGGGACGGAAGUGCCGUGUUCGUGGCUACACGCAAUCGCCUGCACGUGCUUGGACCUAGCCUGCAGCCAGUAGAGAACCUGACCACAGGCCCUGUUGGGGACCCUGGCUGCCAGACAUGUGCGGCCUGUGGCCCGGGCCCCCACGGCCCACAGGGAGACACAGAUACACGGGUGCUGGUGCUGGAGCCGGUGCUGCCAGCACUAGUCAGCUGCGGCUCGAGCCUGCAUGGCCGCUGCUUCCUGCACGAGCUGGAGCCCCAAGGGACAGUUCUGCACCUGGCACCGCCGGUCUGCCUCUUCUCUGCCACCCAGAACCAGCCUGAGGACUGCCCUGACUGUGUGGCUAGUCCUCUGGGCACCCUCGUGACCGUGGUUGAGCAGGGCCAUGCCUCCUACUUCUACGCAGCAUCCUCACUGGACCAGACGGUGGCUUCGAGCUUCAGCCCCCGCUCAGUGUCCAUCCGGCGCCUCAAGGCCGAUGCCUCAGGAUUCGCACCCGGGUUUGCUGCACUGUCCGUGCUGCCCGAAUACCUCGCUUCCUAUCCUAUCGAGUACGUGUACAGUUUCCGGGCCGGAGCCUUCGUCUAUUUCCUGACGGUGCAGAGGACUCGCGUGGCAGCCGCCCCAGGAGCCUUGCACACACGCCUGGCACGGCUCAGUGCUGUUGAGCCAGAGCUGGGCGACUACCGAGAGCUCGUCCUUGACUGCCGAUUCGCGCCCAAACGCCGGCGCCGCGGGACCGCUGAGGGAGGGCAGCCCUACCCGGUGCUGAGGGCUGCCCACACCGCUCCCGUGGGCAGCAAGCUGGCUGCUGAGCUGAGCAUCGCUGAGGGCCAAGAAGUGCUAUUUGGCGUCUUCGUAGCUAGCAGAGACAGCAGCCUCCGUGUGAAUCCCAACUCUGUCGUCUGUGCCUUUCCCAUCGACCUAGUGGACACUCUCAUCCAGCAGGGUGUGGAACGCUGUUGCGAACCUCCUGUCCCCCCUGGCAUCCGGCGAGGCCUCGAGUUCUUCCAGUCACCUAGUUUUUGCCCCAACCCGCCUGGUCUGGAGGGCCCCAGCCCCAACACCAGCUGCCAUCACUUCCCUCUGCUGGUCAGCAGCAGCCUAUCACGUGUGGACCUCUUCAACGGGCUAUUAGGACCAGUGCAGGUCACUGCACUGCAUGUGACACGCCUUGACAAUGUCACAGUGGCCCACAUGGGCACAACUAAUGGGCGCAUCCUGCAGGUGGAGCUAGCCAGAUCUCUCAACUACUUGCUGUAUGUGUCCAACUUCUCACUGGGCAGCAAUGGGCAGCCCAUACAACGAGAUGUCAGUCGCCUUGGAGACCACCUGUUCUUUGCCUCUGGGGAGCAGGUCUUCCAGGUACCUAUCCAGGGCCCUGGCUGCCGCCACUUCCUCACCUGUGGGAGUUGUCUACGGGCACAGCGUUUCAUGGGCUGUGGCUGGUGUGGGGGCAUGUGUGGCCGGCAGAAGGAGUGUCCUGGCUUCUGGCAACAAGAUCAUUGUCCACCUGAGCUUACUAAGUUCUACCCCCAGAGCGGACCCCUAAGGGGCAGCACAAGGUUGACCCUGUGUGGCUCCAACUUCUACCUGCGCCCUGGUAAUCUGGUGCCUGAGGGCACCCAUAAGGUCACCGUGGGCCAGAGUCCCUGCCGACUGCUGCCCAAGGACAGCCCAAACAUCAGCCCAGUGCCCCGGAAAGACUUUGUAGAGGAGCUUGAGUGUGAGCUGGAGCCCUUGGGCAUGCAGCCAGCUGGGCCCGCCAACGUCAGCCUCACUGUGACCAACAUGCCACCAGGCAAGCACUUCCGGGUGGAUGGCACCUCCAUGCUGCAAGGCUUCUCUUUCAUGGAGCCUGUGCUGACAGCAGUAAAACCCCUAUAUGGCCCACGGGCAGGGGGUACCCGUCUCACCUUUGAAGGCCAGGGCCUGUCUUUAGGCACCAACCAGGCUGUGCUGAUCAAUGGGACUGAGUGCCCACUGGAACAGGUCAGCGAGAGACAGCUCUUAUGUACUACACCCCCUGGGGCUGCUACGGCCAGCGUUCCCAUUCACCUGCAGGUUGGGGGCGCUGUGGUACCUGGCUCCUGGACCUUCCACUAUAUGGAAGACCCCAUUGUGCUGGGCAUCAGCCCCAACUGUGGCUACAGUGGCUCCCAUGUCACCAUCCAUGGCCAGCAUCUGACUUCAGCAUGGCACCUAGUGCUAUCAUUCCAUGAUGGGCUUGUGGCAGUGGAAAACAGGCAGUGUACAGGGCACCUCUCGGAGCAGCGUUGGUGCCACCUGCCUGAAUACAUGGUCCGAAGCCCCCAGGGGUGGGUAGCAGGGAACCUGAGUGCCCGGGGGGAUGGAGCAGCUGGCUUCACACUGCCCGGCUUUCGCUUCCUGCCCCCACCCCAUCCACCCACCACUGACUUGGCCCCAUUGAAGCCUGAGGAGCAUGCCAUUAAGUUUGAGUAUAUUGGGCUGGGCGCUGUGGCUGCUUGUGUGGAUAUGAACGUGACCGUGGGUGGUAAGAGCUGCCAGCAUGAGCUCCGGGGGGAUGUGGUCAUCUGCCCUCUGCCCUCCUCCCUGCAACUUGACAAGGACGACGCCGUACUGCAGGUCUGUGUGGAUGAUGGAUGUCACAUCCUGGGCAGGGUGGUACGUCCAGGCCCAGAGGGGGUCCCACAGAGGCUACUCCUUGGUGUCCUGUUGGCCCUGUUCCUGCUUGUGGCUGCACUGGCCACUGCGCUGAUCUUCAACUACUCGCGGAGGAAACAACUGGAUGACCUGGUAUCCUUGGACCGGACCACUGGAGCCAUCGCCUUGCCUGUGCUCCGUUCAGGCUCUGACUACAGAAAUGGACUUGCAGCUCCUGCCGCUGAAGGUCUGAAUUCCUGCACAGAGGACCACAAAGCAUCUGUCUCAAACAGUGGGGAUGGGUCCUGCAUCCCACUGCUACAGACAGAGUCAGUCCAGCUUUGGGACUUGGACUCUGUGCUCCUGACUGAGGUCAAGGAUGUGCUGAUCUCACAUGAGCGAGUGGUCACCCACAGUGAUCGAAUCAUUGGCAAAGGCCACUUUGGAGUUGUCUACCAUGGAGAAUACAUAGACAAGGACCAGAAUCGAAUCCAUUGUGCCAUAAAGUCGCUGAGUCGCAUUACAGAGGUGCAGGAGGUGGAGGCCUUCCUGCGCGAGGGGCUGCUCAUGCGUGGUCUGCAUCACCCAAACGUGCUGGCUCUCAUCGGUAUUGUGCUGCCCCCUGAAGGGCUGCCCCAGGUGCUGCUACCUUAUAUGCACCAUGGAGACCUGCUCCAGUUCAUCCGCUCACCCCAGCGGAACCCCACAGUGAAGGACCUCAUCAGCUUCGGCCUUCAGGUAGCCCGCGGCAUGGAGUACUUGGCAGAGCGGAAGUUUGUGCACAGGGACCUGGCUGCUCGGAACUGCAUGCUGGAUGAGUCAUUCACAGUCAAGGUGGCUGACUUUGGCCUGGCCCGUGGUGUCCUGGACAAGGAGUACUACAGUGUUCGACAGCACCGCCAUGCCCGCCUCCCUGUCAAGUGGAUGGCACUGGAGAGCCUGCAAACUUACAGAUUCACCACCAAAUCUGAUGUGUGGUCGUUUGGUGUGCUGCUGUGGGAGCUGUUGACACGGGGAGCCCCACCAUACCCCCACAUUGACCCUUUUGACCUCACUCACUACUUGGCCCAGGGUCGUCGCCUGCCCCAGCCUGAGUACUGUCCUGAUUCUCUCUAUGCAGUGAUGCAGCACUGCUGGGCUGGGGACCCUGCAGCGAGACCCACCUUCUCAGCGCUGGUGGAGGAAGUGGAGCACAUGGCGGCCAGGCUGCUUGGGGACCACUAUGUGCAGCUACCUGCAGCCUAUGUGAACCUGGGCCCUGGUGCCUCGGAUGAGGCGACCAUGCCCCCAAAACAGUUGCAGACCCCACCUGUGCACAGGAUCGCACGUCGGCCCUGACCUUCCUCAGAGCCACCACAGCCCACGUGACCUCAGCCCUAGGCAGGCCCCAGGGAUUGGACCUGCCUAGCAACCAGGGAGUUAAUCCCAAACUGCCUCUAGGCCAUGCCAGGCCAGGGGCAGCCCAAGCUGCCCUCUGCCCUGUCCCUGCCCCCUUAACUUUCAGGGGUGACAGGAGGGAGCAAGGCACCUUGGCCCUUCACUCUAGAGAGGGAGCAGUGAGAAUGAUCCUUGAUGCGAGGAGUAUUUAUGGCGUACCCAGUGUGUGCUUAACCUUCUGGGCACAAGGGACUCAACAGUGACCACACAGACACCGGCCCUUGAACUAGUAAAUGAACCAACGAAUCAUCAA